AUGUCGACAGAGGACGAGGUGUACGCGUUCGUUAAGGGAUCCAGCGACGCGAAAAGUCUUCUAUCGGGAAUAAAACUUGCUGAGGACAGCGGCAACGUGGUGCUGAGAAGCGACGCGGAAGUUUCUUCUGCCAAGGAUGUUGUCGGAUUCGAUGUGGAUAAGUUUUUCAGUGCUCUGUCGACUGACGGACUUGGACGGACGUUGCUGGCCAGCAAACGAAUUUCGUCAACUCACACACUUGUAUCAAAGAGCUUCGAAACCCUCCCCAUAGGCACCGUCUGCAUCUCUCGCAUUCAAUACAGCGGACGAGGGCGAGGGGGCAACACGUGGGAGAGCCCGGAGGGAUGCCUCAUGUUCUCGCUCUCUCUUCGCUGGAUUGACGGGCGCACCCUGCCUCUGCUGCAGUAUGUUUUGUCGCUGGCAGUGGUGCAGGCGAUUGAAGACAUGGCCAAGGACAGAGGGACCAGCCUCCCCCAGGUGGCCCUCAAGUGGCCCAACGAUAUCUUUCUGGGCGGGCUGAAGGUGGGGGGCGUGCUCUGCACGUCAUCCUACCGCAACAGGGCAUUUGAUGUCACUGUGGGAAUAGGUCUCAACGUGGACAACGCCCAUCCCACCACGUGCAUCAACGCUGCUCUUCACGCUGCCUGCCCCUCCGCCCCGCCUGUCUCCCACGAGGCUCUGCUGGCCGCUCUGCUCAACCGCCUGCACUCGCUGCUCUCCGUCUUUGAACAGCAAGGCUUCAAGCCUCUGGAAGCGGAUUAUCUUCAACGCUGGCUGCACAGUGGGCAGCACGUGGUGCUGGAGGAGCCUAAAGAGGGCGGAGGCACCACCCAGGUCUCGCUAACUAUUCAGGGUCUCACUACGGGUGGUUACCUCCUCGCAACUGAUCCUUCGGGAGUACAAUACGAGCUCUCCCCAGAUGGCAACAGUCUGGACUUUUUCAAGGGCCUCAUGCGCCGAAAGCUGAACCCAGACGAGCAGGUGGCAGGGGGGCAAUGA